CACCAGUGCAUGAGACAUGGGCGACAUCGACGCGGACGUUAUUCCUUUGGCUCAAGCCAUCGCUCCAUCGUCUGCGCCUGCCACGUCGUCGUCCAUCCCUCGAUAUGUCAUGGCGCUCGCGGUGUGUGUUUGUUUCGGAGUCGCCCUCAUGUGCCUGGACUCGAACGUGGUGUUGCUCGAGCAAAGCCAUCUACAGCACUCUGUCACUCCCAAAGACCACCUCGCGAUCACGUCCUCCGCGCUAGCUAUCAACAGCCAUGACCUUGCUGAUCCAUCCAGCACCACCAGCUCCACUUCAAUCAACGACACAGCUACCACUUCUACACCUGCUCCACCACCGACUACAACGACUUCGUCACCGGCCACGCCAGCCCCCACUACUACGUCCCCUACUUCGUCGCUACCUCAUCCCAUUGCCCCACCAUCCGAGCCCCGACUCCGGUCGUCGACGUUUCCCUCGUCUUCUGGACCGUUCGCCCCCAAGAGCGUCCGAUUUGUCACUUUGGCAGACAACCCCCACGGCGGCAUCUGCCUCUUGGCGUCGUCCAUCUUUCAAGACGACGCGUUGCUGGAAGUCCUCGCUUGGAACUACAGCUCCACGUUCUUUGAUGGGUCCACCUGCGGCGCCGCGUGCCACGGAAACCAAGGCAACGACAACCGGUACGGCCAGCAAAAGAAACUGCACUGGCUCGAACACUACGUUGAAAAGACCUCGGACCUCGACGAUGACGACUUGGUGCUGUUCACGGAUGCGUGGGAUGUGGUCGUGCAGGCCAGCACCCAACGCUUGACCGAGCUGUUUCUGAAACACACACAGAACCAGCGCGGGCUCAUUUUCAAUGGAGAGCCCACGUGUGGCGACUCGUUCAACAGCGAAGGGAUCUACGGUGCCAAGCUGCGCGGCAAAGCGUGGAACAUUCAGGUGGAACCGAACCAAACGCCCAGGCUGGUGGGAGGCAAUUACAUGUGCAGCGCCAUUGCCGCAAAGACAGCUUCGAAUACGUUGGUACCAGGGCCGAAUUGGAGCUUGGGGUCAGGAGGCAUCCUUGGCGACGUGCGAAGCCUACGGGCGUUUUUACGGCGGGUGACUGAGAUUCGCGUGGCCCAAGAGGAAGAGUUCAAGCUGCACCAGACGUUCUUGUUUGAAGGCGACCAAGUGUUAUUUCAAAUUGCGUACCUCACGUCUCCUGAGAUCAACGUCAAGAUCGACACUGCCGCGGAAAUCUUCUUUGUCAUCUCAUAUCUCAUUGGACCAGGGGAUUUCAACGAGUAUGGAGGAUGUGCAUCCACAGGAUGUUCGCCGCAGUACUUUCACGACGGCGUGCCAUCCAAAUUUGCGUGGAAUGGGGUCGAACCCGUGUUUUUUCAUUUUCCUGGCGACUACAAGCACCAAUUCCCGUCAUGUGCCAACGCCGCGGCCGUCUAUCGACGACAGAAGUCCCCUGGCAAGUACUUCUUCGAUGUCGAUCGCCAACGCAAAGUUCUUGUCUCCUCCCUCUGUCCCGAUUACUCAUAGACUUCAUGUUGGCCUCAUUUAAGUUGUACUACAUAGUAACUACUUCAAGUAUAAAUUUAACAGUACGAGAGUUUUCCGAA